AUGACCGCAGACCAUCCAACCGGACUCAUCCAGGAGGCAAUCCUCAUCCUCGCCGGCCAUCCAUCCCAGCUGACCACCACCAGCAUACAGCCAGCAACAUUCCAUCCAGCCGCAGCCAACUCGCUCAGCCUGCUCACCACCAUCGCAGCACUCUACCACUCCAUCGCCACCUUCAUCGCCCAGAAACAGCCCAGCAGUGGCACCCCGCACGCUUCCCCAGCGAUCGCCGCGCUCCGAGCAAGCCUGGCGAGCGAGCUGGCGGCCUACCAGGACCUGCUCAUCCAGCUCGAGUUCAAGCUGCUCUCCCACCAUCCAGACCUCGUCCCUGCCGACCUCAACCAACGGCCCUCACCCCCACUCACCGCCGUCCUGGCCCAGGUCAUCCACUGGCUGCCCAUCUUCCAGACACUCUCCACGCUUAUCGACCAGCUGGCCACCCAGCCGUCGUGGACAUCCCCCGAACUCAUCCAGCUCAUCUACCCCCACUCACUCACCGGCUCCCCCCAACUCGCACAGAUUUUCGCACGCCUCCAGGCCGCCGUCGAGCAGGUCUGGCUCGACGGCUUCCGCGCCUUCGUCAUCUACGGCCAAACACCCGCCGAACAACACUCAACCACCCCCCUGCCCCUCAACGACCUCUUCUACGCACACCGGCCCCCAGCCAACAACGCCCUUGCUCAAUCAACUCCACAGCAGUCACUCAGAUUCUCGUUCCGGGAGCACGGUCUGCCGCAACUGCCUCUCCUCCAACCAAUCGACCAGCUCAACCAAUUCAUCCAGCAGAUCUGCCAUGCCCUCUCGAUCCUCAAACUGCUCAUCCACCCCAACGCUGAACCCCGCGCUUCUUCUUCAAAAUUGCCACAUCUGCAUUCGCAUACCAAAAUCAUCCUGCCCACCGAGCUCCAAUCCCAGCUCCGUCUGGCCCUCCAAUCCAUCGAUUCUCUCUCCCAUCCCCGAUUCAGAAUUGCCAUCAAAAACGUCCAAGAAAUCCUUUCCAACUAUCUGUUCUCGACCUAUCUGACGCCGGAGAUUUUAUCAAGCACGCUGGGGACCUUAACGGACGUGUUUUUUCUGCGCCAUUCGACGUUUGCGGGGAACCUAGUGGAGGGGAUGAUCCGGCUGAAGACGCGACGGGCGGGGAUGGGAGGAGGGGAGGCGCCGCGGAUCCGUCGGCUGGCGAGUCUGAGCGAGCGGGAACUGGACGUGGUCUUGUUGAAGGCCGGGAUCAGCACGGAGCUGGGCGAGGAUCCCGCGGGGAGACAGCUCGAUCUCGACGGCUUCUCGUUCGGCCUCCUGGGCAUCGACGAACACGGGGGGAGCCAAGAGUCUGCGCGCACUGGCGCCUCGCUCAUCGAGCGCACCUUCAGCCAGUCGAUCCUCAACCGGGCCCAGCCGGUCCUGCUUACCUACGCUCCCCGUCCAGGCCUGUCCCUCUUCCUCACCCAGCCGAUAUGCGAGAGCUACAGCACCAUCCAUUCGUGUCUCUUCGCAUUCCUCAUCGCCCAGCAGAGCUUCAAAGACUCCUGGCGCGAGCUCACCCAGAAGGAGCGCCUCCGCACCCGCCUCGAAGGCUCCCCCCGGGCAAGAACCCUCGGCCGCAUUGGAGCAAGACAUGCCCAGGAGAUCGAGCGGGUGGCGUUCGAAGGGCUGCGACGGAUGGGAUGGUUCGUCAACUUGAUGGUCGACCACUUCUUCCAAGACGUGAUCGAACAAUCCAUCCAGCUGCUUUCCAAGGAGAUCAACGUCCAUUACCAGCACGCGUCGACGGGGAAGGGCGAGUUCUCGGAGGAGGGCGAGGAGGGUGGGGAGAGGCCGAAGGGCCGGGGGACGAGCGCGGACUUCUUCAAGAUCCAUGCCUCCUUCCUGGGCCUAGUAGAGACCGGGCUAGGGCUCAAGAACGCCCGGAGCAGCGCGAUCAUGAAGGACUUGUUGAGCUGCUGCGCGGGGUUCCUGCUCGACCUGGAGAGCUGGUCCUUCGAGCUCGCGGCUGGUGGUGGGGUACGCGGGGAAAUUCCGGCGACGACUACCGUCCUCGUCGAGCGCGAACUCCGGUUGACCAAGGCUCUCGACUCGUUCAAUGCGCUCAUCCGCCAGCUCAUCGUCGAGCUGCGCACCGACGACGCCCGCCCCCUCGCCGAUCCUUCCCUCCCGACCUCUUCCGCCUCCGCUUUUAGACGCACUUGUUUGGACUCUUUGCUCCUCAAAUUCGACUUCAAUCUGUGGUUCUCUUCUCCCCUCUAA